AUGGGUGCGGGGGAUGACCUGACCCCGCCUCGUCGCCUCGAGGGGGCCUUGCUCCCCUCCGGCAUGGGCGAGCUGGAGGAGAAGUGGCCCGAAGCCCCGGGUGCCAAGGCAGCUAUCGGUUGCCGCCCAGGGAACAGGUACACCAUCGUGGAUACCUCCGAGGGAGCCGUGCUCCUUCACCUGAACUCCGAUGCGGAGGAGAAGGACACGGGGCGCGUCUUCGUGUCGGACAGCGAGGGCUACAAGUACUCCCAGUCCCUGCUCCACAAUGUGCGCUCCGCCACGGGUGAGGUCGAGCUCGACAAGGUCGUGAGCCUCAACGGGGUUUACCUGGCCAACGUGGUGGCGAGCGCGGACAUUGACCCGAGCUACGAGAAGGCGAAGCAGGCGGCGGCGGAGACCAUGGAGCAAGAUGCCUCCGAGGGCUCCUCCGUGGACCGACGGCAUGGGCGCGGCUUCUCCACCAAGCCGGGCAAGUCGGGGAAGGAGGAGCGGACCAUCCGAACCGUGAUUUCCUUCGACAAGGGGGGCUCCUGGAGGUACUUGAAACCGCCCCGGGUGAACAGCCAGGGUCAGCAAUACGCCUGCAUCGGCAAGCCCCUGCAGGACUGUGCGCUGCACCUGCACGGGACCUCCUCCUGGGACCUGUAUGCGCCGUUCUACUCCAGUGAGAACUGCGUAGGGAUCAUCAUGGGUACUGGCAACGUCGGCUCAUCCUUGAGGUUUCCAUUUCGAACAACCACACUGACAAGAACGGGCCGUUGCGUCGUUGCAUUUUCAAGCGCGAUGGUCAAGAAGAAGAUCGAUCCGGUGGAUGGGUGUGCCUACUCCCUGGCAGAGCUGGAAGCUCACUAUGCGAGGACCUACAAGAAGAAGGAUAUCCAGAAGUACUGGGAGACAGACUGCACGCCCGCACCGAGCGAGGCGUCGCCCAAGGUAAAGGCGAAGGCGAAGGCCAAAGGUGAGGCCUCGAAGCCAGCAGCGAAGGAAGGUGAAGGCGAGGCGAAGACCAAAGGUGAGGAGAAACAAGCGGCGCCGGUGUUGAGGCGCACAAGAUCCUGGCUGAAAAAGGUCUGCGGUAUUGCACUGCUGCCAUGCGAGGAGCAGCUGGCGCCGCUGCUGGAGCAGCACGCGGCCGCGGAGAAGGCCGAGGACUUCGCCCGAGCGGAGGCGGUGCAGCUGGAGCUGCUGCGAGCGCACCCCUUCGUGACGCGCCAGGCCAAGGAGGUGCCCACAGGGGCCGUGCCGGCAGAUGUGACGGUGGAGGUGGACAAUUUCCGGCUCUCCGUGGGGAAGUUCCGCUCCUGGCUGAAGACCUCAGACGGCCGGCCGUUUGAGGAGAAAGGCAAGGGCUUCGACGACGGCCUCUACUUGACCUCAGGCCUCUUGCGCAGGUUCCUACCCAGGGGCUACACCCACUUCUGCUUCUCCAAAGCAGGGCAGCAGGAGACCGUGGUGCUACGCGGCUUUCUGAAGUUCACAGGCCUCACUGCUCAGGAUGAGGACGAGGAGUCCAACGCCACUGCAGAGGCUAGCGCCUUCCUCUUCCACGGGUACUCCAUGGAGGAUGCCCAGCGAUUCCUGGUGACCACCAAGAGCAACGGGGAGAACGGGAAGUACACCUUCCGCCGCGUCUUCGGGGAAUGGUACGCCUUCGCGGGCUCCAAGAACACGGGCUACUGCUGGCGCCUCUUUGGGACCAAGGCGACAGACCUGUACCCCAUUCCGGAGCUGGAUGCGAUCGCCGGGGUGGGGCCCAAGAUCAUUUCCUUCGUGGAUGAAACCAUCAGCAGCAUGGAGGAGAAGCAGCGGGAGGAGUUGCUGGAGAAUGUUCAGAAGAAAGGCUGUGUCACCGUGAUGGUCGAGCUUAACGAUGAGACCCAUGAGCACAUCUUCCCCAUUGAUCGCUCCUGGGUGGACCAUGUGGCGAUCCUGAACCGGCAAGGCUUGCCCUGGCCGCAGCACGACGCCUACGCCUUCUUCGACACCUACGGCCUGCGCCGCGUCAAGAUGGAGGCCUAUGGCAUGGAGCGUUUGAGCGGCGUGAUGGAUGAGAUCCGACAGAGCACCGACACCGAAGGUGCGGUGCUGUACCUGGAAAGGUCCGACGGCCUGGCCGUGGGCCUGGUGAAGGUCAAGAGCGACCACUACGUCAUCGCCCGGCGCACUCGGGAGAUCCUGCGGUCGCUGGUGAAGGCCUCCGAGGCUGGGGGCGUCUCCACGGAGAUGCUGCGGAAGGUGGAGAAGAAGCUCAAGGAAGGCAUGGCGGCGCUUUCCCACGUGGGGGGGUGCUCAGAGAAGCAUUCUGAGUGGUCCAAAACGGCAGUGGCCUUCACAAAAUCCUGGGCAGACGCCUACGAGUCCGCGGACUCCGUGGUGCGGAAGGCCCUGGCGGUAGAGUUCCACUGCAAGUACGGGUCUAUGUACGAGCGUUUCUGGCGCACUGGGAGCGUCAUGCCACUAUCCAGCUUCAGUUUGCAGAUGGCGGAGCAAGCCAGCCCUACAGACUUCGACUCGGAGAGCGUGGCCUCCCCAGCGACCGCGAGCCCGGAAAGGUUCGAACCGCAGGAGACGAGCACCUUCCUGUCGCGGGAUGGGGGCCUCACCUGGGUUGAGGCACACAAGGGGGCCUUCAUCUACGAGUUCGGGGACCAUGGCGGGCUCAUCGUCAUGGCGGACGACCUCAAGAAGACCGGCGAGGUCAUUUUCACCUGGAACGAGGGGGAGUCCUGGUACGACUUCCAGGUCGCCAAGACGCCCUUUGAGGUGGACAACAUCAUCACGGAGCCAAACCUCACGUCCACCACCUUCGUGAUGUUCGGCACCCGCGAGGCGCGAGGAAACGGCACCGGGCAGAGCCAUGGAUGGCCCCCCUAA